AUGAUGCAAUUUGCGAACCCCACAAACGAUGUCAUUGACACUACUGUGCGCAAAGCCUAUCUUAGUGAUAUAUGUCUCACCUAUAGCGUCCUAAGACCAGGCAUGGAAAUACUGCGAGAUGGUUCCGACAAAUAUUCCAGCAAGCCGGACUUCUUACCCCCAGAUACAAUGGAUAACGAUCGAAGGAAAGAUUUGAAGCACUCUGCAACGCCGAUAACCUCGGUAGAUCUUUUGACCGCGGCGGCCGCUGUGGGAAAUAUCGAAGCUGUCGAUCAUUUCAUAGCACAAGGGGCAGACCCUCUGGGGUACACUUCUGGCAUACUCACUGGCCCGAUCAAAGCAGCUGCAGUGUGUGGCCACACUCCAAUGGUUCUUAAGCUUGUAGAGCUUGCAAGACAUGAUUUCCCGACUCUUGGAGCGCGGGAACGUGACUGGAUUCUCGUCACAUUCGAGACUGCGGUGUGUCAUGCCAUGAAAGCUGGAGACACAGAAUCAGUGCGAAUGUUACUAGAAUUUUUCGUCACUCGCCGUGAAGCCCGAAUCCCGGAGAUUUGGAAAAAGUUGAUUACCGAUGGAGCACAAAACGGCAAAACCGAAACCCUCGUGACGAUUUUGAAGGACGAUAUCCCGAAACGCAAUCCAGGGGAUCACCACAGCGAUUUGCAGUACGCGUUAAAAGAAGCUUGCGAAGCUGGACAUUCCGAACUCGUAUGCCGCAUACUUGGUGGCGAUUUCGUGCUUUUUAAUCGGGAUCACCUCAUUCAACAAACAUCACUGGAAGCAGCUCGUUACGGACAUCGAAAGUUGGUCGAUGUCCUCAGAAGCUACGGCGCCCAUAUCGGAUCACAACAUCUCGUCGAAGGUAUGACAACUUUUGCAGACAGGGCAACGACUCACUUCCUUAUGACCCGCCACCUGGUUGAUGCGGGUGUUUCGAUAGACGCGCAAGUUCUUAAGCAGUGUGAAAGUAAGGCAUCUUUUGCACUACGUGCAAGACACAAGAUGAAGCAGAGCCACUUCUGUCUUACUGAUGGUGCCAUGGUAACCAUCUUGAUUGCGAGCGAAGCGAAGCGACAGGGCUUACGGGCAGAACUCAAGUCGUGCGGCAGCAUCAAGCUUCUACUGAGGCUAGUGCUUAAUGGGAAGAUCAUAGUUCCUCCUGAGCCGCUGGAUUUCAUGAAACUGGCGGUAGAGGUAGUAGACUGGCUGGCUAGUGAGAGUCAGCCAGCGGCGUCUUAA